GUUUAGUGUUCCGACAGCAUGGGGAGCGGUGCGUCGUCUGCCCACGUCCACCGGCGGCGGCUCCUGCUCAAGCAGCACAACGAGGACCCGACUGUCUUGAGCACAGAGCGCCUCGCACUGGCGUUGACGCAAUGCGUAUCGGACCAACGGGGUGCAAUUUUGCUGCCAGAGAUAGCGACGAUGCUGACGCACGAGUAUGGACUUCACAUUGCUAUCGACGAGCUCCUUAGCACUUUGCAGCGCUUGGGGUGUGCAUGCGAGAAUUCCACGACGGGCGCUUCCAUCACCAACACGGCGCCGCUGGUGGCCUUUCUGGCGCCCAAAGACGUUGCACCGCCAACGCCACCGACCAUCUGGGUCGCGUGCAAGCUCGGACACCUUGAUGUCGUCCAGACACUGCUACAGGAUGGCGUCAGUGCGUGGAGCGAGCGCGACGCCUUUGACAACCUUCCGAUUUACUAUGCCAGUCUUUGUGGCCACAAGGACAUUGUUGCGCUUCUCUUGUCGUGCUACGCCAAUAGCAAGGACGUGACGUUGAGUGAAGCCGACCGGCUACGAUGUGCGACGAAUGCACUCCGCCCCGAUAUCAAGCGCUGCCUCCACUCGUUCGCAAAAGCCACGCCCCAACCCCGAUCCCUUUUGAAAGCGUCCAAGCGCCAACAGCGAAAAGAGGCAGCCACGUCGUCUCCGUCCAAGAAGAAACGAGAAAAAGGACCGGAAGACGACGACGCCGAUUUCGAAGCGUGGGUCUCUGGCUGGUUCGGCGACGAGUAGCGGAGCGUUCCAUGUCGGAAUUUUACGCGCCUUCGGCCGCGCCACACAUCGCAACACAGUCAAGUCGCCCGACUUGCUCGAACGGGUGUUUGGCUAAACUGGAAAAUCAAAAUGAUGUUUAUCGGUA